CCCCUCUCUCUCUCUCUCUCUUUAUAUUUCUGUUUCUCUCUCUUGAUUUCUCUAAUCAAGAUUUCGCAGAAGCAAUUGGGAAAGCAAGAAAUUUGAAUUUUGAGGAAAUGGUGUCCAAGAUUGUGAAGAAGAGCGCCAACAGGCGACGCAAUCGCGGAAAGUCCUCGGCCAAGAAGGCGGCAGUCGCGGCCUCCUCCGCAGUGUUGGCCUCCCUUUUCACUUGCCCGCGCCGCCUCGUCAAGCUCUUCGCGAAACUUGCGCGAAUUGGCACUCCGAACCGCCACAAGGGCUUCAAGAUCCUCAAGAAAGCCCAAGUCAAUGAAGCGGAGCCGGAAUCCGAACCUGGAUCGGGAAACCCGCUCUGCCGCAAGCUCUUGUUCGAGCCGCCCCUUCCACCGCUUUUCUAUCCGGAGACGAUGACGGUGAUUCUCGAUCUGGAUGAGACCUUAGUGCACGCACAGGCCGACCCGCCUCCGGAGAAGUUCGAUUUCAUAGUGCGGCCGAAGAUCGACGGAAUCGAGAUGAAUUUUUAUGUUCUUAAGCGGCCCGGAGUGGACGAGUUGUUGGAGAAGUUAGGGGCGAUGUACGAGGUGGUGGUGUUCACGGCAGGGUUGAGAGAGUACGCGUCGCUGGUUCUGGACCGGUUGGACCGGAAACGGGCGAUUUCGCACCGGCUCUAUCGGGACGCGUGUAAAGAAGUGGACGGGAAGUUCGUGAAGGACUUGUCCGGGCUGGGGAGGGACUUGAGCCGGGUGGUGAUUGUGGAUGACAAUCCCAAUUCGUACCUCUUUCAACCGGAGAAUGCUGUUCCGGUCCGACCGUUUGUGGAGGACAUGGCGGACCGGGAGCUGGGGAGGUUGGUGGAGUUCUUUGAAGGGUUGGAUUGUGAGGACAUAAGGGACGCUGUGAAGAAAUUUGUUGGCUGCGGCGGCGGAGGCGACGGCGGUGGAUCAAAAGACGGCAAAGCAGUGUGAUUUUCAUUUGGCUCAAUGGGAUUUUUUUUUUCUUUUUCUGUUGAGUUUGUUUUGUUGAAGUUGAACAGCCCACGUUCAAUUUUUUUUUGAAAUUUUAAGGGAAAGUGAAAAAAGAGGCUCUUCUUAUUUCACCAGAUUUGAUUUGAUUUGAUUUGUAAACUCAGCUCUCAGUUCACUUGCUCAAUUAAUUAUAUGUAGCUUGAUUUGGUUUC